CACGGAACCUGGUCGUUCCGACCACAUCAUUUUGGCUUCUGCAAACGAAAGACUUGAUCUCCUUAUUAACCUAGAAAAGCAAGUUAAAGAAUCAAAUUUAAAAGAUCCGAUAAUCGCUUCUCAAAC